GCCACCCCCCGCAAUGGAAAUAUCUUGUUAUUUGUGGCGGUAUAUCCCCCUAGGGUCGUAAUAAACCGAUGCCGGGUCUCGGAAACUGGAACAUGGAUUUAAAGCAAUCGAACGCUAGUUUCGGGGAGAUCAUGUCUUUCAUGGGAGAGAAGAAAAAUGAGAACGAGAAAGACUGGAAAUCGACCAUUCGCAACAAGAUUGAAAACGACAUAGAUAGCCAAGUUAAAGAGGCUCUUGAACCCCCUCCAGUGGAUCGGAGAUGGGUUGAAAGAAAAAAAGCAAAUCGACAAAAAAAGUUGAGAAAUCUCCAGAUCAUGAAGUUGAAUACUCUCAAUCACCAUGGUCACGCUCCAGUGUUCACACGAUUGUCUGAAGAGACAUCUAGUGAGAGAGGUUUCAAAUAUAUUGACGUCAACUACGCUGAGAAAGUUGCUGCUCUUUCUACAAAUCGGAAAUAUGAGAAAUUCUCCAACAAAGGGUUGCCAGGUUAUGAUUUUGCCAGAAGGAAUGGACUUUUCAAGUAUGGCGCUCCAAUGCCUUCAAAUUCUUCGACCAAUAACAUGAAGGGAGGGCUGGAUAUCACCUUACUGGACACAUCACCAUCAUCUAUAAAUUUUCUGAGUUUGCCGAAACAUGAUGUUCAAAAUAAUUUGAGGCCCAUUGGACAAAAUGUUGGUGUAAUUACAUUCAAUGGAAUCUCUCUCCCUAACUAUGGACCGAAGAGAAGAUGCUUUCAGGCUUAUUCCAAAGAUGGCAUGCUGAAUCUUCUCAACUCAAGAAACCGUCGCGCUAAACUGAGUCACAUCGGACAAGGAAACUACGAAGAUAAACGAGGAGUCGUGAUGAGUAAACAUGGACCUUUCUGGCCUCCAGGAUAUGGCCCUGUAUGCAAGUGCCCAACAUUCAUUGACGAUUGCAAAAAGAGAGAAGUGUUCGGACCAAAAUUAGAUCCCUCUCUCAAGAUGCAAGCUAGCGGUGCUUCCACAACUUUUGGAAGAUCGGUUGCCAACAAUAUGGAAACAAAAUGGCGUCAAUUACAUCAGCAACAAGGAGACAGCAGGCAUUUUAUGUCCAAUAACAACAACGGAUCAGAAACUUCAAGAUCUUUGAGAUCUGAACGUAAUCACCCAACAAUCGGAGAAUUUUAUUCAAAUGACAACAGCGAUAAUCGCCAUAGAAACCAUCACCAUGGUGAUAAACUACAAAAUGUAAACAACAAAGAACAGAAGCAGUGGCGAGGCAAGCCUGUGAUCUAUGAUUGUGAGCGUUCAUCUCGAGCUCCUCUACCUCACGCAAUACCUCACGGAUUCCCCGAAUCUCUCAUCUUCGAGUCAAGAUUUGAAUCUGGGAAUCUAAGACAAGUUCGGAGAAUUGGGGAAUUUGAAUACGAGCUUGUUCUCCGAACCGACAUGUAUACAAAACGACACACCCAGUGGUAUUAUUUCAGAAUCCAGAACGCGCAACGGAACGUUACUUAUAAAUUCAACAUCAUCAAUUUCCUGAAGAAGGACAGUUUGUAUAAUUACGGAAUGAAACCGCUUAUCUACUCUGAAAACCUGGCAACAGAGAAAAAGUUGGGCUGGCACAGGAACGGUGAAAACAUCAAAUAUCUUCCAUGGACAAAUCCAACAAGGAAUGGACUUUUAUCGUUGGAUUUACAGUAUUAUAACUUAGAGUUCGAGGUGACCUUUGACUGGGAGAAUCUUGAAGACGACAAUAUAUACUUCGCACAUUGCUAUCCGUACACAUACACAGAUUUGAAAAGGCAUUUGGACAAUCUGAUGGCUGAUCCUGACCAAUCACGACACGUAAAGCGAGAAGUCUUAUGUGAGUCUACGGCAGGAAAUGCUUGCUUCCUGCUUACAAUCACUGAAUUCCCAGACAAGGAGAAAGAUAAAUAUAAAGACUUCCAUCAGGAAAAGAAAGGUGUUGUUGUCACAGCUCGAGUCCAUCCCGGGGAAUCUCAAGCCAGUUGGAUGAUGAAGGGAGUUAUUGAUUUUUUGACCUCGGAUUGUUUGAGAGCAAAGUUACUGAGAAAGAAAUUUGUUUUUAAAGUUGUUCCAAUGCUAAACCCAGAUGGAGUAAUUGUAGGCAACUACAGAACAUCACUGGCUGCAAGAGACUUGAACCGCAAUUACCGACAUCCAAGACAAAUGACGUUUCCAACCAUAUGGCACACAAAACAAAUGGUGGAAUCAUUCAGUAAAGAUCAUGAGAUCAUCCUGUAUUGUGAUCUGCACGGCCACAGCAGGAAGCCAAUGGUCUUCAUGUAUGGAUGUGAAAGAAAAGCUCUAUAUACUGGGAAGAAUAGUAAAAAUGUUGAUCCUGAUGACCGAAGUCCGAGAGAUUGUGCAAAAGAUUUUAUUGAAGAAAGAUUGUUUCCGUGGUUGAUGCAUAAAAGAUCACCUGAAAGAUUCUCUUUCCACGGCAGCAAAUAUGCGGUAAGAAAAUGUAAAGAAUCAACGGGACGUGUUGUCAUGUUUAGACAAUUUGGGAUUUCUAAUAGUUUUACUCUCGAAGCCUCAUUCUCAGGGACAAUGCAGAAAAAAUGGGAUUCUGGGCGGCAUUUCAACAUUGAGGAUUUUCUCUCAAUCGGUCGUUCUCUCUGCGAGAGUGUUUUAGAUUACGAGAGAGUUUUAGACAACCCGCUACUUAAAUCAAGGCUUGUGAUGGAGUUGACUAAGGACUUGGCACAACAUAUGAUGGAAACAAAUCCACAAAUAAUGCAAAACCCAACAACAUCAGCUCCUGCCACUCAGCAGCAAUCUUCUACAAUAAGCAGUGAAACUGGCAACAGUAAAACCAAAAGUAUGGAUAAAGAAUCCAAGAGUCCAAAACAGCAAAGAGACCCAAAACGUCCAAUUGCCCUUCGUGCUUCUGAUGAUGAAGAGGGAGGGAAACAGAAUGGCAGUAAACAACCAAUCAAACAGCAGAACAAAGCUGGAGUAACAGGUUCCACAGACAAAUCAAUACUGAAAUCAACUCAAGAAACUGAAACUUCUAUUCCUGGACCUCCUGAAGAGAUGAAGGAAGAGGCUGAAAACCAGGAAAAUGAAGAGAAAUCUACUGAAUUAGAUGAAAAUUGUUUUAGAUUGUUGGAGCAAAUCAAUUUCAAGGAAAUAGCCAUUGAAUCAGACACAAGUUCUGACAGCGACAGUGAAUCGGAACCAGAAAUGCCUGAAGAGCAACCAAGUUCGAAUCGGCAGAAAAAAAAGAAAAAAAGAAAGAGAAGGCCGAGAUAUAUGAAGUCCAUCUCUGCACCUCUGCCUGCUAAUUCCAAGAAAGGAGAAAACAAGGACGAUCAGAGAACUAAGGCCUACCCUACAUUUGUGAACCGGUACACACACAGAAGCAAUGGAGGGAUUCCUAUCUACGCACAAGAACGAAUGCAGGAAAGGGCUGCAAGGAGACUUGCAGAAAUGAAACUUGCAGAAGAAGAAAAGAUCAGAAGACAGAAUGAGAUCAUGCUCGGAAAACUGGAUGAAAAUGGAAUCGGGGAUGCUGAAACAAGGGCAAGAUAUGCAGAAGUUUACGGGAUACGAUACCAACUGGGAAAUCAUCCUAAUAAGCCGCAAUAUACCCUCUACAACCCAUUCCAAGAUAUGUCACCACCUAGUGGACAAAGUGAAUCCGGAUUUCCCUAUCAGACGCCAUACAGGGUUAAACAUGACGCCAAGAUGUAUCAUGUCCAGCAUGGGGGUGAACCAAUGGCUGAGGGGAGUGAAAGCAGCAGCGGUGGAAGCAGGCAGAAUUCAGCAGGCUCUGAGCCUGAUAAUCAGCAGGGUGAAAUGAACAGUUCUGGGGAGGAAAAGCCCGAAAAAAUUCAUUCUCGAACUGUCGUUCCGUUACAUACAAUGUCAUUUAAAUUUGCUGGUGAAGGAAGGCAACCCAGCAGCACAAGCCUAAAAUCACUCAGCCGUGACUGGAUGACAUCAUCAUAUGAAGAUAAACUUUUAAAUUCAGUCAAAGAAUGGCAAUUUGAAAAGUCCGGCUUAGAGCGAUCGAAAACAUUCGAUUCUUCGAUAAACUUUGCCAAUAAAGGACAAAAUUUUGAGGAAAAAAUGUCAAAAAUUGACAUUGGAGCUGAUUUUCAUAAACAUUUUGGGACAAAACCUCAUAAAAAUCAAAAACAAUACACAGAUAAUUCCUCAAUGCUUUCUUCUGCCUCUCCUCCCCCACACGGCGACGUUUUUACUCCGAAGAAUAUAACUCGUUAUGAAGUUGUGAUCGGACAAACAAGAUACCCGAUACAUAUACACAGAAAUCGGACUGAAGCAUCAAGCCCUCCGAUGAUCACAGGGGAAUCGAUUUUAAACCAGAAGCCAUCAGAACCCAAUUCUGCAUCCACUAUAGGGCACAAGAGAGCACAAUCUGCCGACGUCAUUCAAAAUGGCAACCCUGAAAAAGAAUUUUUCCUUCGCAAACAUUCAAUCGAGGACAAUAGCCAACCUAGUAGUACAGAGUCACAUCGCAGUAACGAACAAAAUUCUGCAGUCUCAAAAAACCAUAGAAAAAGCGACUCCGAAUUUUUAUCAAAAUCCAACGGACUUAUAUUUGCGCUUCACAAAGUCAAUGUAGUGUCUCCAUCCAAGUCUAACUCAGAUGAUGUACACUUGGGGGCGCUCAAAAAUACUCCCUACCCCCCAAAAAGAGCGUCCACUCUGUUUUCACCGAUCGUUAAACCUCUCAGUUCUAUGUCAAACAGACGAACAUUCUCAGUUUCCACAGAUCCCGAUUUUAAUAUCAAUUCAGCGAGAUGAAGUGGAUGGGGUAAGUCCCCUCCCACAGCUGUUACCUAACUUAUUACAGAAGCCAAACAAAUUUUUUUACUUGAAUUAGCAAAAUUUCAGAUUCACAAAUAUUGAACACAUUCUGAAAUAAUGUUUUCGAAUAUGGAAUAUUGAAUAGGAACUUGCUAACUUCACAUAAAGUAUUGUUUUGCUAAAUGCGAAUUGCUUAGAAUCCACAGCACUAAAGAUCUUUAGCUCAUUUCAAUUUCUCAAUUUUAUGAGAAACCUAUAUACACAUUUUUUUCUGUCAUUUGAUUGAACCAUCUUUUCAUAUUUCCUCUCUUCUGAAAUGAAUUAUUUUGAAUCUUGUUAUGGUAUUUCAAAAUGGGUCUGUUUUACAAAAAAUCCUUAUAAAUUCAUUAAUAUAAUUAAUUAUAUAAUCAUUAAUAAAACAAAUUCAAUAAGACCAUUAUAAAUUCGUAAAAAAUCAAUAUUUUGUCGAUCCUAGGAUAAUAAAUGCUAAAAAAACAUCUUCCAAAGAAAACAUUUAAAUUCUCCCUAAAAUCAAACAUUUACUUAAUCGAAUAAACCAAUUUUCAACGUAUUCAAACAUUAGAUUAGUUUUUGACAUCCUCAACCAUGCACCAAUACUAGUUCCCAACUCCCGUACAGGCAACCUAAUACAGAACAGAAAAACCUAAUUUAAUUUUUUGGCGCUGAGAAAUCCCGCAGCUGUUCAGAAAAUACGCCGAAAUAAUUAUUUGGACCAUCUGAAGUAUGCGCUCUAAGAUGGCGAACAACCUGGUUGUGCGACAUCUUGGUGCGCAUACUUCAGGAGUACCUAUUAUUUUAAUUUCUAAUCUGGACUGCCAACUGAACAAGAUUCAAUAUUUUUCAGGGGCACGUCGGGGGUUAUUUGCCCCGGGUAGUACAUUGUGGCGGUCAGUUUGAGGAUUUGAAUAAUAUGACCCUUAGUUUAUUUAUUCACAUCUAUAAAUUUGUCUAUAAAUAUGAGUUGGGUUUUCAGAGCAUCAGUAUCAAACUUGCCAGUGCAGUAGGAAAGUUUGACACGCUACCAGCUUUUUGGGCCCUAUAUUAUAUUAGAAAUGUUAAUCAGGACUUGCAUUUGGACAGGUGGGUUUGAUUGGAUUUUCGUAAUCAUUGAAAUAUACCAUGCCUCCAACUAUUUCUUUGUCGUUGAUGCGUGGAUGGAAAAACAAAUUCUGACCUUUGACCUCCGAGAUCUAAAAAUGGCUCCAGUUCACACGAUCUUUUUCUUUAAAUUUUACUUGAAAUGUUGAUGAUGAAAUUUAA